GAAAAAAAAUAGAGAAAAUAAAAAGAGAGAGAGAAGUAAAGGGUUACUCAGCAUUUAGCAAUAAAAGCCAAACCCAAGGCCAACUGUUUGCUCCUCCCAACACCUCCAUUUCCAUCAACAACACCUCAGCUCUGAUCAUUGUCCACUAAACCCAUAUUCCUCUUUCAGCUAUUUUAUUCUCUCUCUCACUAUUUUCCCUUAAAUUUUCUUCCUUUUUUUUGCUGUUUUCGUUGAGUUGCAUUCCAAAUUCUCAAGCUUUAAUAAAACCCUCCUCAUUUCCUGAGGAGUAGAUAGCAACAAACACAGGGAAGGAAGAACUAGAAAGCAGCUUAAUUUCGUCAUAUUUAGCUCUGUUCUUCAAAUUUAUCGUACAAAGUUUCAAUCUUUCUGCACUAGUUUUCUAUAUUUUUUUGUUGUUGUUGAAUUUGUCUGCGGGGGUUUAGAUUCUAUGGCCGCGGUUGCUGAGAUUGCCGGUGAGGCAGCCUCUGCCAACAACCAGAACUUGGAUUCAAUAUCAAAACCCGUAUCUGAAUCGAAACCCAAAUCGGAAUUCGAUGUGCAGAAGCUGGUGGAUAUGUUCACCAAGUUGAACCCUUUAGCCAAAGAGUUCUUCCCUUCAUCUUACUCACCUCUGCAAAAUCACAAUUUUGAUAACUCUUUUGCUGUCAAUAACAAUAAGCUCUUGCCCACUGACAAUCAGGCCAACAAUCGAAGGAGAAGAAAUAACUAUAAUCAGGGGAAGAGAAGGUUGAGUGGGAGAGCCUUCAGAGCUGAGCGCGAAAAUAGUAUUAGACGAACAGUUUAUGUUUCUGAUAUUGAUCAGCAAGUUACCGAAGAGCGUCUUGCUGCCAUAUUUAGUAAUUGUGGACAAGUUGUUGACUGCCGAAUUUGUGGUGAUCCGCAUUCAGUGCUCCGUUUUGCAUUUGUGGAGUUUGCUGAUGAGCAUGGUGCGAGAGCAGCCUUGAACCUUGGUGGGACGAUGCUAGGGUAUUACCCCGUUAGGGUCUUACCUUCAAAAACUGCCAUCCUUCCUGUGAAUCCUACAUUCCUCCCUAGGUCAGAAGAUGAACGGGAAAUGUGUAGCAGGACUGUAUACUGUACAAAUAUCGAUAAGAAGGUUUCUCAAGCUGAAGUCAAGAGUUUCUUUGAAACAGCUUGUGGUGAGGUUACUCGUUUGAGGCUUUUGGGAGAUCAUGUGCAUUCAACCCGUAUAGCUUUUGUUGAAUUUGCAAUGGCAGAAAGUGCCAUACUUGCACUGAACUGUAGCGGAAUGGUGUUGGGAACACAACCCAUCAGGGUAAGUCCUUCAAAGACACCUGUGCGGCCACGUGUCACUCGUCCAACGUUGCAUUAACCCAUACCAUCGGGAAAGAUCCAUGGAUGGAGCUUGGUAGGCGGGAUUGACAAAUGCAAAGAAACUUUCUUGUGUUUGAAGGGGUGAUUAUUAUCUAUUCCUUUCAGUAUUUCCAUCUUUUCCGUUGCAGUGGUUCUUUUUCUGUGACUGAAAUAUUCGGACCCCGCUUCAGUUGAAGUUUCAAGAGAUGGUUUGGAUUGACAUAUCUUAGCUUUUAACCUCGUCAUUGAUUUGAAAGUUCUAGUUCUAGUUCUAGUUCUAGUUAAGUUAUGUUAUGCUGUGAUUGCGAGUAUCUAUCCUUGCUCAUGCUUGUGACUUGUGCACGCACUCGAAAGCUUAAAUACCAAUUUGUAUUUACCGAAUAAACGGUGCGAGUGCAAAGUUGCAGUUUAUCGA